AUGUCACAGUCAUUGUAUAAUUUUCUUAUAUUGUUUUCUGGCUUUCGAAUAAGUAUCGAAGCCAAAGAUCCGGUGCUACCACCAUGUCCUACAAACAUUCAGUUUUUACCUCAAAACCUGCCUAUGCAUUGCCAAAUGCAGACACCGCCUGAAAAUGCCAAUAAUCCAAAAAACAUGCCAUUCCCACCCCAGGGCUUUAAGUUUCCCUCAUAUCCACCUCAGUUUUAUCAAGGACUCCCAGGAAAGUUGCCUGAGCCAGGUCUGCCGGGACCUAUGAAUAUACCACCAGGCUUUCCGGGGCCUAUGCCUUUAUCUCCAGGCUACCCAGGGCCUUUGCCUUUACCUCCAGGCAUGCCAGGAGCGCCAAUUCCCCUGGGCCCCCCAAUGCACCCAGGUCCAUCUCAAAAGUUGCCUGUUAUUGUAAUGCCAUUCUACUCACCUGACACGUCAUUUAAGAAAUCACAAUCCAACCAGCUUCCAGAAGAACCGAGGAAAAGAAGAGGUCGUAAACAUAAAAGAAAACAACGGCCUCAAAUGCAUUCAGAUACAGACGAUAGUACAGAAUCCGACUCUUCCACAGAAGAAGAGGGCUGGUGGAGAGGGAGACGUGAUGGACGGAGAUCAACAUAUGGACAUUAUAAGAAAAAUAGACAAACAAAUAGGAAACAUGACUUGCUUACUCCAAUGCUGCAGUAUGUUACAAAAGACGGCUAUGUGGUAUUUGAAGAAAAGAUAAGCAAAAAUGAAGCGAAAGAAUGGUUGAAAAUGAAAGCUGAGACUACUACGGACCAUCCUUCCCCGCAUCACGAAGAUGACAGUGAUACAGGUCGUGAUCACGGACAUGAAUAUGUACUAGAAAGAAAAACUAGAAAUGAAGAUGUCGAAAACAGAACAGAAAAUAAUUUACGUUUGCAACGCAAAAAGAAAUUAUUGAGAUACAAAUCGGCCAAACAAACCAAAGCAGAUGUAAAUAAAGAUGUUGAAGAUAUUACAACAUAG